AUGAGUGCCGCCAUUCUCGAUGAACUGAAGAAGCUGCGCCAGGAAAACGGCGAAAUCAAGAACCAGAUCGCCGCCCUCCGCGAGCUGAUCCAGGGAAUCGCGAAGGAGGAGAAGAAGGAAGAAAAGAAGGAGGAGGCCGCCGACGACGACGACUUCGAGCUCUUCGGAUCUGAUGACGAGGAGGACGAGGAAAAGAAGAAGAUCGUCGAAGAAAGACUGAAGGCCUACGCCGAGAAGAAGUCGAAGAAGCCCGGCCCGAUCGCCAAGUCCUCGGUCAUUCUCGAUGUCAAGCCCUGGGAUGAUGAGACGAACCUUGAUGAGAUGGAAGCCCAUGUCCGCAGCAUCGAAAUGGACGGCCUGGUCUGGGGUGGCGCCAAGAAGAUCGCGAUCGGCUACGGCAUCAGCAAGCUGCAAAUCAUCACCGUCAUCGAGGAUGCCAAGGUCUCCGUCGAUGAUCUGCAAGAGAAGAUCCAGGAGUUCGAGGACCACGUCCAGUCUGUUGACAUUGUUGCUUUCAAUAAGAUU